AGUGUGGUGAGAGCAGGCUGCUAGCCGAUUGGUUGGCACUAAUCUACGUUAAGGUCUAGGUCACUAAUAUGGGCCGUGAGAAAAUAUGAACAAGCCUGAGUAAACAACCAAUCAGAAGCCUGCGUUUGUCUACCUAAACAACCAAUCAGAUGACUGCGCUUGUCUAUAAUAAUGUAGUUGAAAGAUGUAUAAAUACGUGUUGAUUUUCAUAAUAAAACGAUCUGUUGCCUGGCCCUUGUCUUCUGUUGUUACAUUUGGUGUCGCUGCCUACCGACAAAUGAAAAGCCUAUACCCUGCAGUUUUUGAUGGAGACAUAUGGAUCUUCGGGCAGGACUUCAAGGCUUCUGCGCAGUUGAGUGGCGUUCAAGAUCUGUCAGCGAUGGAGCUGCUACUUGAGACGCUGCUGGGAGGUCGGGCGAAAGCAGCAUAUGAAGGUGUGGGCCGAAGUAUGGACGAAUGUUCGACAGGGUCAGGCAAACAGUUUCCAAAGUGGGAAGGACCAUAUAUGGUCACUUUGAGAUGGGGUUACGCAGACACAGUCGCAAUGGCGAACAAUGAGAGGCGCGUGAACGUCAGCGAGCUCCAGAAAUGGAUACAGCGAGACAAGCCAACGAUGACGCCUGCACCAAGUAGAUCAAGCCGACAUCAGUCGCACGUAUUUGACGGGGGGACGAGUGUGGUGAGAGCAGGCUGCUAGCCGAUUGGUUGGCACUAAUCUACGUUAAGGUCUAGGUCACUAAUAUGGGCCGUGAGAAAAUAUGAACAAGCCUGAGUAAACAACCAAUCAGAAGCCUGCGUUUGUCUACCUAAACAACCAAUCAGAUGACUGCGCUUGUCUAUAAUAAUGUAGUUGAAAGAUGUAUAAAUACGUGUUGAUUUUCAUAAUAAAACGAUCUGUUGCCUGGCCCUUG